GACGCAAAUCACGCGAAUGUGAUCUUCUUGACAUUACUCUUUCUAACACACUAUCUGUAAUACAUCAAGACGAAAUUAUCAUUCUAUUCACUUCAUAAUCAGAUCGUCAGGUCAUCAAAGUACAAUGUCUUCAAUCAGGGACGUUCUCCGCUUCCCUGCAAGUGAUCGCGCCCAAAUAGAUGAUUACCUACCAUCCAAAAGUUCUAUUAUAGCUGCUCACUUAAAGUCACUUCCACAUACAACACUCACAUUUGCUACCUCCAUGGACUCCCAGAUUACCAUGCGUCCCGGCAUUGGUUCACCCUUAUCUGGCCCGGCGUCAAAGGCGAUGACGCAUUACUUGAGAUCAAAGCAUGAUGCUAUAUUAAUUGGUGUCAAUACAGCAAUUGCAGAUAACCCAAGUUUGAACUGCAGGAUAGAAGGGGUUGGAGGUUAUGGAGGAGGGGAAAAUCUGAAGGGGCAGCCGAGACCGGUUAUAAUUGACCCCAAAGGUCGAUGGAAUUUCGGAGAGGACAGUAAAAUUUUCGGAUUGGUUAAGGACGGCAGAGGCAAAGCUCCUUGGAUCAUUACUGCCCAACAGGAAGAUGAGAUAUCAUUUGAAAAGAAAGAUUUGCUAAGAGCAACGAGCGGGAAGUUCAUACAUUUGUCGCCGGACAAAGAAGGAAGGUUCUCCUGGCAAGAUAUUUUGGAAGCGCUCUGGAAAGAAGGUAUCGAAAGCCUGAUGAUCGAAGGAGGAGCUGGAAUUAUUAACGACAUGUUAGCUGAAGGUCAAGUAUUUAUAGAUGGAGUUAUAGUAACUAUAGCACCAGUAUGGCUUGGGAAGGGGGGUGUUGCUGUUCUUCCGGAAAGGGAAGCCCCGGGAAACGAGACGUUUCGGUUGAGAGGAGUAAAGUGGAUCCCCCUUGGGGAAGAUGUUGUUUGUUGUGGAAGGGUUACUGAUCUUCUACGCGAAUCCCCUGUCACUUUGUAACUUCUAGUCGAAAUGAAUAUCCAUGAUUUCGGGUUCCAUCCGCUCAAAGCACAAUACCAGUUCCUUCCA